UGUUUAUUCUGCAGCUCUAAGACGUUUGCUGUUACACGAAAUAUUGAAGAUUUGGCUGCUAGUAAGAUGACUCCAGUUCUUCUACCUGAAGCAGUGCCUGACAUAAUGAAGAUGUCCUUUGACUCGGAUUCUGCAUCAGGCGAGACUGAUAACAUCAGGGACGGACAGUCUGUAGAAGAUCCUGUUUCAUCAGGAAAUUCCUUCUCCUUUGGACAUUCUUCUUCCUGGAAGGAGCAAUUUGUUCAGUCCAUGUGCUCCAACGCAAGUACAUUUGGGAUUCAAGUGUGCAUUGAGAAGAAAAGUGUACAUGCAGCAUUUAUCAAAAAUGUGCCUCUUUAUUACCUUAUUGGAGAACAUGCCCUUAGAAUGAGCUUCAAGCCAGUCUACACAGAUGUACCUAUUGAAAAAAUACAAGUCACAAUUCAAGCGGGAGAUCAAGCUCCUACAAAAAUGGUACGUUUAGUGACAUUUGAAGAUCCAGAGACUCAAGUAUCUUCCAGCAAAGAAGUGAUCAAAAGAGUGAAGAAAAUCCUUGAUGACACUGAUAACCAGGCAACAAGAAAUUCCAGAAGCUCCUCAUCCAGUGCCAGCAGCAUCAGUGAGAGCACUGAGAGUUCAACAAGCACUCCCUCCAGCAGUGACUCUGACGACAGAGCAUCACAAAGAGGCACCCAGAUUAAUCUGAAAUCAAGGAAAUCCAAAGCCAAAGAAAAGAAAUUCUACCCAUUUGGGGACAGCAGCAGCAGCAGCAGUAGUAGCAGCAGUAGUAGCAGCAGUAGUAGCAGCAGCAGUAGCAGCAGUAGUAGCAGCAGCAGUAGCAGCAGUAGCAGCAGUAGUAGUAGUAGCAGUAGCAGCAGUAGUAGCAGCAGCAGCAGCCGCAAAGGCAGUAGCAGAAGUAGCAAAACCAAUAGUGGCAGCAGCAGUAGCAAUAGCAAGGGCAGCAGCAGCAGUAGUAGCAAAGCAUCUGGUACAAGGCAGAAUGCUAAGAAGCAGUCCAAGACCACAUCAUUUCCACAUGCCAGCGCGGCUGAAGGAGAAAGAAGUGUCCAUGAGCAGAAACAGAAAACACAGAGUAGCAGCAGUAGCAGCAGAAGAGCCAGCAGCAACAGCAGGAGCACCAGCAGCAGCAGUGAAAGCUCUGGUGUUUCACAUCACCAGUGGAAACAGGACAGACAAGCUGAGACUAAACGUGUCAAAUCUCAGUUUAACAGUCACAGUAGUUACGACGUUUCUAAUGAAUGGGAAACAUACCUGCCAAAAGUAUACCGGCUCCGCUUCAGGUCUGCUCACACACACUGGCAUUCAGGCCACAGAACGUCAAGCAGCUCAUCAUCAUCAUCUUCCUCUGAGUAUGGAAGCAGCCAUAGCAACAGCAGCAGCAGUGACAGCAGCAGCAGGAAAAGCCAUAUGAGCAGCUCCAGCAGCAGUAGCAGUAGCAGCAGUCACCAUCAUGGGGAAAAAGCUGCCCACAGCUCAAGGAGAAGCCCUGUGAGCAGAGGAGCCAGUGCUCAUCACAGACAUGAAUCCAGCCUGACACACGAGCGCAACUUCCUGGGAGACGUAAUUCCACCUGGCAUUACAAUUGUGGCACAGGCAGUAAGAAGUGACAACAGAAAUCAAGGUUAUCAAGCUACAGCAUAUGUUCGUUCCGAUGCUGCCAAAGUUGAUGUGCAACUAGUUGUGGUUCAGCUGGCUGAAACCAAUUGGAAAGCAUGUGCUGAUGCUGUAAUACUGCCUCUGAAAGCACAGGCUAGAAUGAGAUGGGGCAAGGAGUGCCGAGACUACAGGAUAGCAGCCUUGGCUACCACAGGCCAACUGGCAAGGAAGCCAGCCAUGCAGCUGAAGGUGCAAUGGGGAAAUGUUCCUUCCUGGAUAAAAAAGACAAGCACAGUAUUCAUGCAGUACGUUCCUGGUAUGGCACUUGUGUUGGGCUUCUCAGAGGCACAUCAGAGAAAUCCAUCUCGUGAACUUAUUGUACGGGCAGCUGCAACAUCUCCACGAACAAUUGAUACAGUAAUUAAAGUUCCUGGGAUAACACUUUACUAUCAGGGACUCCGAGUGCCAUUCACUUUGCCCUUAGGGCCAUCAUCUUCAUCAUAUGAGACUAGAGAUAUCACUGCCUGGAAUUUCCUUCCUGAAAUAGCUUCACAAAUAGCACAAGAAGAUCAAUCCACAUGUGAAGUCAGCGAAGGAGAUUUCAAAACAUUCGAUCGCAUGAGCUUUACAUGUUCUUUCAAUAAAAGCUGCAAUGUGAUAGUGGCCCAAGACUGUACCGAACAUCCAAAAUUCAUUGUUACUACAAGAAAAGUUGAUCACCAGUCUUUGACAAGAGAGGUUCACAUAAAUACAAGUUCAGUGAACAUCACAAUCUGUCCUGCAGCAGAUUCAUCUCUGCUCGUGACAUGCAAUAAAGAAUCAGUACUAUCAGGCAGUGAAGUUUCUGAGUAUGAAAAAGACAAUAUUAAAAUUUAUAAAAAUGGAACACGAGUUAUUGUGGAAGCACCAACACAUGGACUGAAGAAUGUGGAUUUUGAUGGUGAGAUCCUUAAGGUCACUGUUACUUCAUGGAUGAGAGGAAAGACCUGUGGAAUCUGUGGAAAUAAUGACAGGGAAAAGCACAAUGAACUCCUAAUGCCAAAUCAUAAGCAAGCACACAGCUGUUCCGCUUUUGUUCAUUCAUGGGUAUUGCUAGAAGAAACCUGCUCUGGUGGGUGCAAACUGCAGCGCAGUUAUGUGAAGCUGAAUCGAAAUCCUACUAUUGAUGGAGAGGAAUCUACAUGCUAUUCUGUUGACCCAGUACUGAAAUGUAUGAAAGACUGUACUCCAAUCAAAAAAACUUCCGUUAAGGUUGGCUUCCACUGUUUCCCAAAAGACACUGCUGUAAGCCUGUUGGAAUGGCAGAGAAGCAGUGAUAAGAAAUCUGCAUCUGAGGAUGUUGUGGAGUCUGUGGAUUCUGACAUUGAUUGUACCUGCACUGGUGACUGUAGUUAAGCUAAAUUCUUUAGUGUUGUGCUAUAGACACACUACAGAAAUAAUUGAAUAGCUGGACAGAUAAGAAGGAAUGUGAUAGCUGUAAUAAAAUACUAAGUAAUGUGCUUGAAGAAAGUAAGAUUUCUCUAUUGCAUCCAAAGUCAAAUGUAUUAUGUACAGUCUGCACAGCUUAAUAAAUAUG